ACGUUGCUCUAUUUUCUUUCACCAAUGGAAUAUAGUACAUCAACUUUCGUGAUAGUCCACUUUUGCGGGACCUGAUGUAUCGACAACCAUUCAAUUUUUCAAGGAGAAUGUUCGAGGUCCACAACCCAUCGAGGAGUGCUGCGGCCAAUAGAAUUCAACAUCGGGCGCAAAGUAUCAGAUGGAGCAUAUUCCUGUCGCCAUUUACUUGCCCCAGAUAUCACCUACAUCAUUUCCAUCGAGACGUCUGUCACGCUGCUGCUUCUAAAAACCACCGUAACUCUGGAUGGGCCACAAGAGUCUGCACUUUCGAGGCAAAUCGUCAAGGGAUUCUUCUGCCACGACAUACCCAAUCUGAUUGCAUUGCCGUUGACAAAGUAGCAUUCAUUCGAUAAAAGUGCGGAAGUAGUACACGAUAUUCGUUCACACGGCUAUCAUAGUAUGACUUU